CUUUCACAUAUCUCGACAUGGCCGAUAUCCUGCAUAAACCAGUACUUGAUAUGUACUCCAUGAAGGGAAAAGUGACCGUGGUCACCGGUGGCGCUCGUGGCAUCGGAUUGGGACUUGCUAAAGCCGUUGCUGAGUUGGGCAGUGAUGUCGCAUUGCUUGAUCUUUCUGCUCGACCGUCUGAGGAUCUAAAAGCUCUCGAAGAGAAGACUGGUACAAUGUGGAUGUAUUAUGAGACGGACGUAACAGACCGGGAAAGCCUGAAAGGGGCCAUGAAUGCUGUAGUGCGCACACUUGGGCGUAUCGAUAAUUGUAUCUGUGCUGCAGGCAUUGCGGCUGACAGGCCAUUUUUUGAACAUGGAUGGGAUCAAUGCCAGAAGAUUCUGAACGUGAACGUUAUGGGAACGUUCUUUGCUGCGCAAAUAGCCGCCGAACUCAUACGCGCCCAUGGUGAAGGUGGCUCUAUCCUUUUCUUGUCCUCGCAAACAGCGCACAGCACGACACCCAGAGAGCACACAAGCAUGUACGGUGCCUCCAAAGCUGCAGUGAAGUCGCUUGCUAUGCAUCUGGGUGUUGAGCUUGCACCGUACAAGAUCCGAGUCAACAGUCUCUCCCCAGGAUAUAUCGAGACGGAGAUGGGCCGUGCAGCAGCCGAGGCAAAUCCAGCAAUGAAAGAUGUGUUUGAGAAGGCGCCACCGUUGGGAAGACGUGGGCAGGUGAGUGAUCUGAUUGGUCCUGCAAUGUGGCUACUGAGCGAUGCGGGCGCCUGGACCACAGCUACGGACGUUUUAAUAACUGGAGGAUUGCAUGGUGGUAGCAUGCAUCUCAAAGUAUGAGGACUGAGAGACAAGCUGCCAAAUGUUAGAUUGCUCCUCGAUGAAGGAUUGCAAAUCAUAUCAAGAUGUCGUCUU